AUGGCAUCGAAACAAGGUGUGAAACCAAGAAGGUUCCGGUUGAGUGGCUCAAAAGGUGCUAAUUCGCCUCCUUCUUCUACUACUUCGUCUUCUAAACAGUUUCUGGAGACAUCGGUUGAUGGCCAGAGUUCGCCGGCAUCUUCGUCGGCUCGAAGUAAGCAACAGCAUUUUAAUGCAGAAACUGCUGCUGCACCUCCUUUAGAGGCACAGAGAGUGAAAGAAAAUGUCACGGUGACGGUCCGGUUUCGGCCUCUGAAUCCAAGGGAAAUUCGUCAAGGAGAGGAGAUUGCUUGGUAUGCAGAUGGAGAAACUAUAGUGCGAAAUGAGUAUAACCCUUCCAUAGCUUAUGCAUACGGGUCCCAAGAAGAACUCAGUAGAGAUCGUGUCUUUGGUCCCACUACCACAACUCGCCAGGUCUAUGAUGUUGCUGCUCAGCAUGUCGUUAGUGGUGCUAUGGAGGGCAUCAAUGGUACGGUAUUUGCAUAUGGGGUGACAAGCAGUGGGAAGACUCACACAAUGCAUGGUGAUCAAAGAUCCCCUGGAAUUAUACCUCUUGCUGUGAAGGAUGCUUUUAGCAUUAUCCAAGAGACUCCAAAUCGAGAGUUUCUCCUUCGAGUUUCAUACUUGGAGAUAUACAAUGAGGUGGUUAAUGACUUACUAAAUCCAGCAGGACAGAACUUAAGAAUUAGAGAGGAUGCUCAGGGCACCUAUGUUGAGGGAAUAAAGGAAGAGGUUGUACUCUCGCCUGCUCAUGCAUUGUCCCUUAUUGCAGCCGGAGAAGCCGGAUCAUCAAUUAUAAUUGAUAUCAAAUUGGAUCCUGAGCAGUUCAGGAACAAGAAAAUGGAACAUCAAGAUACAAUAGAGAGUAGUCCAUGUGCUGAAAAUAGCGAAGGAGAAGCGAUAACACUUUCACAACUGAAUCUCAUUGAUCUAGCAGGUUCUGAGAGCUCAAAAGCUGAAACUACUGGCAUGAGAAGGAGAGAAGGAUCUUAUAUCAAUAAAAGUCUUCUAACACUUGGAACUCCGAAGGUAGGAUGGGCCUAUGCAUUUGCCAAGCUUCAAAGCCCAAAGGGUUUCUAUGUGAGGAGGCACAUUAGAUGUGAAACAUUCAUGACUUCAAAACCUGGUUUACGGGGGCAAGGGUUGACUGAAGUUCAAGAAAAAACCCUACAGGGUGGUUCAACCUUGGAUCAAAUGGUGAUAGGUUGUGAAGACAUUUUGAAGGAGGGAGAGGGUAAAGAAAAUGAGGGCCCGAGAGGUGUUUUAAGGGCUGCGCAUCAAAGAGUACUGGAAUACCAAAAACAAAGCGCGGAAAGAGGUGGAGCAGAUUUAGUCUUUGCACUAGUUGGGUUCUGUGUCGAUCAAAGAGAUGCACCAGAUCCGGUGCUUGUUGGAGAUAACAGUGGCCAUGAGACGAUGGAGGAUAAGCUUCAUCGUCGAGAGGGAAACAGCCCGGAUCACCAGCUAAGGCCCUUAAAUGACCGCUCAAUGAUAAAGGAGGUUAUUUCAAAAUUGACUGAAGAUAAAGCCAGUCACAUACCUUAUAGGGAUUCCAAACUGACUAGAGUACUUCAGUCUUCGCUAAGUGGUCAUGGACGUGUUUCUAUAAUUGAUGAGAAGUCACUUAUCAAGAAAUACCAACAAGAGAUUCAAUGCUUAAAGGAAGAAUUGGAACAAUUAAAGAGAGGUAUUGUUACAGUUCAACCAAAAGAUACUGAGGAUCAUGACAUUGAGCUCCUAAAACAGAAGUUAGAAGAUGGUCAAGUUAAGUUGCAAUCCAGAUUGGAACAAGAGGAAGAUGCAAAAGCUGCUUUGUUAGGCAGAAUUCAACGGUUGACUAAGUUAAUUUUGGUCUCCACAAAAGCGUCACCAUCUACAAGAUUUCCUAACAGAUCUGGUCCUCGUAGAAGACACUCCUUCGGGGAAGAGGAGCUGGCAUACCUUCCGUACAAAAGGCGGGAUCUAAUCUUAGACGAGGAAAAUGUUGAUUUGUAUGUUAAUCUGGAGGGAAAUGCUGCAAUGGCUGAUGAUUCUUUUAAGGGUGAGAAAAAGAUGAAGAAACAUGGACUACUAAAUUGGCUGAAGUUACGUAAACGAGAUAGUGCCUUGACAGGCACAAGUGAUAAAUCUAGUGGAGCGAAAUCUAGUAGCACACCUUCUACACCUCAAGCAGAAAGUAGUAAUCAUGUGGAGUCCAGACUUUCUCAUUCUCAACCUGCAGAAAGCUCCCCCUCUGCUGAUAUAGCAUCAGAGGCAAGAGAGGACAAAUAUAUUCACGAAGACAGUUUUUUGGGGCAAGAGACUUCUUUGACAAGCAUCAAGUCAGUUGAUCAGAUUGAUCUUCUGAGGGAGCAGCACAAGAUAUUAUCAGGAGAAGUAGCACUUCAUUCAAGCGCUUUGAAGAGGCUGUCAGAUGAAGCAACAAAAAAUCCUCAGAAUGGUCAGAUUCAUGUGGAGAUGAAAAAUUUGAAAGAUGAAAUUACAGCUAAGAGUGAACAAAUAGAUUUGCUGGAAAAGCAAAUUUCUAAUUCAUUCGUUGCUUCAGAUAAGACAGAACAGUCAGGAGCGUUGCAGACUGUUGCUGAGCUGAUGGCACAAUUGAAUGAGAAAUCCUUCGAACUCGAGGUCAAAGCAGCAGAUAAUCGUAUAAUUCAAGAACAGCUUAAUCAGAAGAUUUGUGAAUGUGAAAGCCAGCAAGAAACAAUUGCCUCCCUGAAACAGCAACUUGCAGAUGCAUCGGAGUUGAGAAGUUUCAGCCCUGUUGUCAACCAUUCACAAAAUUUGUCUGUAACCAAAGAUUAUCCUGGUGAAAUUCACCUUGACAAGGGGAAUUUGAUGAAUAACUAUUCCAAUGAAAGGAUUCAUUUGCAAGCACAGAUAAGUGAGAUAGAGGAGCUGAAGCAGAGAGUGGCAGAACUAGCAGAAUCAAAGGAGCAGUUAGAAUUUAGAAAUCAGAAAUUGGCAGAAGAGAGUUCAUAUGCUAAAGGGCUUGCUUCAGCUGCUGCUGUUGAGCUUAAGGCACUGUCAGAAGAAGUUGCCAAACUUAUGAACCAGAACGAGAGACUAGCUGCUGAGCUAGGUGCAUCCAAGAAUUCAACAACUGAACGUAGAACUAGUGGCACAGUCCAAAAUGGACGAAGAGAAAGUCAUGUUAGAGUUAGACGAAAUGAUCAGGGUGGAUCAAACACCAACAUCAAGAGAGAAUUAGCCCUGAGCAAAGAAAGGGAACUUUCAUAUGAAGCUGCCCUUUUAGAGAGAGAUCAGAAAGAGGCCGAACUUCAAAGAAAGGUUGAAGAGUCAAAGCAAAGAGAAGCAUACCUGGAAAAUGAACUGGCUAACAUGUGGGUCCUUGUGGCAAAGCUUAAAAAGUCACAAGGGGGUGAAACUGACGUUUCAGGGUCUACUACAGAGAGUUUGUUGGUGGAUGGUUUUUGA